GGGUCCGACGACCUCAGCCUGCCGCGGUCCGGGUCGGCCGCGGCGAUAGGUUGGGUGGCCUGGGAGCGGCGCUAGCUCACGAUGUGGGGUAGCGAUCGCCUGGCGGGCACGGGUGGAGGCGGGGCGGCCGUGACGGUGGUCUUCACCAACGCCCGCGACUGCUUCCUCCACCUGCCUCGGCGCCUCGUAGCCCAACUACACCUGCAGCAGAAUCAAGCUAUUGAAGUAGCCUGGUGUCACCAGCCUACAUUCUUGAGCUGGGUGGAAGGCAGGCAUUUUAGUGACCAAGGUGAAAAUGUGGCUGAGAUUAACAGACAUGUUGGUCAGAAACUUGGACUUUCAAAUGGGGGACAGGUGUUUCUCAAGCCAUGUUCCCAUGUGGUAUCUUGUCAACAAGUCGAGGUGGAACCCCUUUCGGCAGAUGACUGGGAGAUACUGGAACUGCAUGCUACUUCCCUUGAACAGCAUCUUCUAGAUCAAAUUCAAAUUGUUUUCCCAAAAGCCAUUUUUCCUGUUUGGGUUGAUCAGCAAACUUACAUAUUUAUCCAAAUUGUUGCAUUACUGCCAACUGCCACUUAUGGAAGGCUGGAAACUGACACCAAACUCCUUAUUCAGCCAAAGACACGCCAAGCCAAAGAAAAUAAAUUUUCAAAAGUAGAUGAUGGUCAUGGAAAAUUUCAUAAUUAUGAAAGAAAUCAAGAAGGAAUGACAAAAGAACUGCAAACCAACCAACUUCAGUCAAAUACUGAGGGAGUCCCUGGGUCUAAUAGAACAGAUUCAGAGAUUACAUUUGACUCAUCAAUACCCAGCUUAUGGACUCUGAUAGGAAGUAUUUUUUCUUUCAGAUCUGAGAAAAAACAAGAGACAUCUUGGGGUUUAACUGAAAUGAAUGCAUUCAAAAAUAUGCAGUCAAAAGUUGUUCCUCUAGAUAAUAUUUUCAGAGUAUGUAAAUCUCAGCCUCCCAGUGUGUUUAAUGCAUCCAGAACUUCUGCAUUUCAGAAGCACUGUGCCAUUCAUGUAUUUCCUUGGGACCAGGAAUAUUUUGAUGUGGAGCCCAGUUUUACUGUGACCUAUGGAAAGCUAGUUAAACUGUUUUCUCCAAAGCAACAGCAAAAUAAAACAAAGCAAAAUGUCCUGUCACCUGAAAAAGAGAAACAGAUGUCAGAACCACUAGAUCAAAAACAGAUUAGCUCAGAUCAUAGACAAGAAGCUGGUAAGACCUGUGUGCUAAAAGUAGUCUGGAAUGGACUUGAAGAAUUGAAGAAUGCCAUAAAAUACACCAAAAAUGUAGAAGCUCUCCAUCUUGGGAAAGUCUGGAUUCCAGAUGACAUGAGAAAGAGACUAAAUAUAGAAAUGCAUGCUGUAGUCAGAAUAACUUCAGUGGAAAUAAUCCCUAAAAUUCCAAGAUCUCUAAAACUACAACCUAGAGAGAACAUACCUAAAGAUAUAAGUGAAGAACACAUAAAAACUGUGUUCCAUUCAUGGCUACAGCAGUCCACUACCACCAUGCUUCCUUUGAUAAUAUCAGAGGAAGAAUAUAUUAAGCUGAUAAUUAAAGACGAAUUGAAGGAGUUUUCUCUGAAUAUAGUUCAUUCUUGGGAAAAAGAUAAAGCAAAAAAUAUUUUUCUAUUGAGUACCCAUCUGCUGCAGAAGACCACAAUACAAGUCCUUCUAGAUCCUAUGGUAAAAGAAGAAAACAGUGAGGAAAUUGACUUUAUUCUUCCUUUUUUAAAGCUGAACUCCUUGGGAGGAGUGAAUUCCUUAGGCAUGUCCUCCAUGGAGCACAUCACUUACAGCCUUCUGGGGCGCCCUUUGUCUCGGCAGCUGAUGUCCCUUGUGGCGGGACUUAGGAAUGGUGCCCUUUUACUCACAGGCGGAAAAGGGAGUGGAAAAUCAACUUUAGCCAAGGCAAUCUGUAAAGAAGCAUUUGACAUAUUAGAUGCACAUGUGGAAAUAGUUGACUGUAAAGCUUUACAAGGAAAGAGACUUGCAAACAUACAGAAAACUCUAGAAAUGGCUUUCACAGAAGCAGUAUGGAGGCAACCAUCUGUUGUUGUGUUGGACGACCUUGAUCUCAUCGUUGGACUGCCUGCCCUUCCUGAACACGAGCAUAGUCCUGAUGCGGUUCAGAGCCUGAGGCUUGCUCAUGCAUUGAACGAUAUGAUAAAAGAGCUUAUUUCCAUGGGAAGUUUGGUUGCACUGAUUGCUACAAGCCAGUCUCAGCAUUCUCUACAUCCUUUACUUGUUUCUGCCCAAGGACUUCAUAUAUUUCAGAACUUCCAACAUAUUCAUCCUCCUAAUCAGGAGCAAAGAUGUGAAAUUCUGCUUAAUGUAAUAAAGAAUAAGCUGAACUGUGAUAUGAACAAAUUCACUGAUCUUGACCUGAAACUUAUAGCUAAAAGAACGGAAGGAUUUGUAGCUAGAGAUUUUACAGUGCUUGUAGAUCGAGCCAUUCAUUCUCAUCUCUCUCAUCAGAGUAUAUCCAGCAGGGAAGAAUUAGAUUUAACAACGCUAGACUUCCAAAAAGCACUCAAAGGAUUUACUCCUGCAUCUCUGCGAAAUGUAAACCUGCAUAAACCUAGAGACCUGGGCUGGGAUAAGAUUGGUGGAUUACAUGAAGUUCGGCAGAUACUAAUGGAUACUAUCCAGUUACCGGCCAAGUACCCAGAAUUAUUUGCAAACUUGCCUAUUCGACAGAGAACAGGCGUACUGUUGUAUGGUCCUCCUGGAACAGGAAAAACCUUGCUGGCUGGGGUAAUUGCACGAGAGAGUGGAAUGAAUUUUAUUAGUGUUAAGGGGCCAGAGUUACUCAGCAAAUAUAUUGGAGCAAGUGAACAAGCAGUUCGUGAUAUUUUUAUUAGAGCACAGGCUGCAAAACCCUGCAUUCUUUUCUUUGAUGAAUUUGAAUCUCUUGCUCCUCGAAGAGGUCAUGAUAAUACAGGGGUUACUGACAGAGUAGUUAACCAGUUGCUGACUCAGUUGGAUGGAGUAGAAGGCUUACAAGGUGUUUAUGUAUUGGCUGCUACUAGUCGUCCCGACUUGAUUGACCCUGCCCUGCUUAGGCCUGGUCGACUAGAUAAAUGUGUAUACUGUCCUCCUCCUGAUCAGAUAUCACGUCUUGAAAUUUUAAAUGUUCUCAGUGACUCUCUACCUCUGGCAGAUGAUGUAGACCUUCAGCAUGUGGCAUCAGUAACUGAAUCCUUUACUGGAGCUGAUCUGAAGGCUUUACUCUACAAUGCCCAGUUAGAGGCCUUACAUGGAAGGCUACUCUCAUGUGGACCCCACGAUGGAGGUUCCAGCUCUGAUAGUGACCUAAGCCUGUCUUCAAUGGUUUUUCUUAACCACAGCAGUGGCUCUGAUGAUUCAGGAGGAGAUGGAGAAUGUGGCUUAGAGCAGUCUCUUGUUUCUCUAGAGAUGUCUGAGCUGAUUCCAGAUGAAUCAAAAUUUAAUAUAUACCGGCUCUACUUUGGAAGUUCUUAUGAGUCAGAACUUGGAAAUGGAACCUCUUCUGAUAUGAGCUCACAGUGUUUGUCUGCACCAAGCUCCAUGACUCAGGAUUAUCCUGGAGUUCCUGGGAAAGAGCAGUUACUUACACAACCUCCAGUGUUCAGGACAGCUUCACAAGAGGGUUCCCAAGAACUUACACAAGAACAAAGAGAUCAACUGAGGGCAGAUAUCAGUGUUAUCAAGGGCAGAUACCGGAGCCAAAGUGGAGAGGAUGACUCCCUUAACCAACCAGAACCAAUCAAAACCAGUCUGGCUAUUAGUCAAUCUCAUUUAAUGACUGCACUUGGUAACACAAGACCGUCCAUUAGUGAAGAUGACUGGAAGAAUUUUGCUGAGCUGUAUGAAAGCUUUCAAAAUCCAAAGAAGAGAAAAAAUCAAAGUGGAACAACUUUUCGACCUGGACAGAAAGUAACUUUAGCAUAAAAUAUACUUCUGAUUUUUUUUUUUUUUGGAUGGGUUGUCACUAUGUUGUAACAAUGGGUUCUGUAAAUUUCUUUUUAAUUUAACAAAUCAGGUUAAUUUAUAAAAUCACAGAUGGGGAAAUACUGUGAUUAUGUGAUGAUCAGGAUUAUUUGAGAUUACUACUAUAUAAUAAAUUUGGGUAUUUAUAACA